AUGCUCAUGGGGCACGGGGCCUUCGGGCCCCACAGCGGACGACACGAGGGAGGCGAAGAAGAGGGGAAGAAAAAACCGCAGUCCUGCCGCUCCUGCGGCAGCACAGAGCUCGAAGCAAAUGAAAGCCGCGGAGAAAUCAUCUGCUGCAGAUGCGGCACCGUGCUGGAGGACCUGACGCUGGUGGACAGCCUUCAGUUCGCCGAGUCGUCCAGCGGUGGAGUCUCCAUGGUCGGUCAGUUCGUCUCGAGCUGCAGUGGUGCCGGCCGGGGCUUGAGGGGCGGCAUAGGCGGGAGCAGCGACAGUCGCGAGCAGACGCUGCAGAGGGGAUUCAACAACAUCCAGUCUAUCGCAGAGCGCCUUCAUCUCUCCUCGCAGCAGCACGUAUCCUCCGCUCACCGGCUCUACCUCAUGGCCACUCAGCGCAACUUCACGUUGGGGCGGCGCUCCGUGCUGGUCGCGUCGGCUUGCCUCUACGCCAUUUGCCGGCGAGAACGGACUCCGCAUUUACUGAUCGAUUUUUGCGACGUUCUGAGGACGAACGUCCGCGCCCUCGGACAGGUUUUUAUGAAGCUGCUUCGCGUGCUCCACCUCCAAGUGCCGCACGUGGAUCCGUCCCUGUUUCUUGAGCGCUUCGCCUGCCAAAUGCAACUAGGCGACAAGACUCACACGGUGGCGCAAACGGGUGUUCGUCUCAUUCAGGCCAUGAACCGCGACUGGAUCAGCACGGGUCGGCGGCCUAUGGGCCUUUGCGGCGCGGCGCUUCUCAUCGCAGCUCGCUACCACAACUUCCAGAUGAAUGCCGAGGAUAUUGCGCAUAUCGUCCGCGUCUCUGGUCCGACAGUCAACAAGCGCUUGCAGGAGUUCAAGCACACGGCGACAGCGCAGCUCGCGGUUGCGGACUUCGAGGCGACAGACCUUCUGUCUCUGCCGAGUCAGUCGCAGCCGCCCUGUCGCGUGAAGGCGUACCAGAAAAAACUGAAAAUGUUGCAGAAGAAAGAGGAGGAGACGCUGGCGCUCGCGGACGCUCUGCCGCUUCUCGCGCUUCCCUCGACAGUCACUGAAGACAAACAGGGAGAGAAGGAGAAGGAGAGCGACGCCGCAGCGGCCGAUCAAGCGGGCGCAAAGGGAGGGGAGUCCAGUAGCAGAGAUCAAGGAAGUGCCGGCAGCGGAAAAACGAGAGAAGAAGCCCAUUUUCCGCCGUCCUCUUCGCUUUCGGGAGCGGAUAGCCAGCGCAAGAGCGUGGGAGGCUACGGCGCUGUCCUCGACUUGAAUUUAGACACAGAGCUUUUGUGCAAAGAGGCUCCUUCCCCAGACGACAUUCUGGUGCUCGCGGGGCGCAUGAUGUCGGCGCUGGAUGACCGGCGCCGGAGCUCCGCGGCCGAGGCUUCGUCAGCAUCUUCAAAGGACGCUGGAGACAGGGCGGGGGACGCCGCGGCUGAGGACGGAGAUGCGAGCGAGACACGAAAGCGCAGAAGCGACGACGAAGAUUCGGCGGACGCACUUUUUGAUCCUCUGCGUGCGAUUGAGGAACGCGGCGCAGCCCUCUUGGAAGGCGUUGCCUCCGUCGAGUCGUCACGCCUGAGAGGCCCGAAGUCGCUGCCGGCCUUCGCAGAGGAAGGCGGGGACAGCGGGAGGAGACAGUCGACAUUCGGAGACACGUCGGAGACUGUGGGGUCGAGCGGCCGGCGGGAGGAAGACGAAGACGAUGAAGAAGAUGAAGACGAUGAAGAUAUUCGCCACAUGUUCCUGAGUGCAAAUGAAGCCCAAGCGAAAGCGCUUAUCUGGGACGAGUUAACUAAAGACGUCAUGCCGCUUGUGCAUCGAAGACUAAAGGAGAAGAAAGUGCGCGAGCGGGAAGUGACGCUCAACCCGUCGAAGCGGAGACGCCUGCCAAGCAGUUCGCGGCGAAACCGCUUCGGGAGCGACGCGGGGAAUUCACCCGCAGCAUCUGCGGCGGAUUCCGUGCGGAUGGCGCUGCAGAUGAAUGGGCGGAGCAUUGCGGGCCUAAUCAACGACGACGCGCUCAACAGCCUUUUCGGACCUGUGCGGCGCACGGUGGAGAAAGAGGGAUAG